GGGGUUCCCCCCCCCCCCCCGCCCCGGCCGCUUUUUUGAGGAAAAUCUCGGCGAUUUUGGGGCUUCUCGAACCGUCCCCACCUCCAAGAGGCGUCGGGGGGAGACCGGAGCCCCCCCCCGGAGCUGCAGCAGCCGGGGGGGGGCGGCCCGGGCUCCCCCAGCGCCCGCCGGGCCCGGAGCUGGAGCCGCCGUUUUGUUUUUACCAUGCCAGCUCCUCGGCCCCGCCCCGGGAGCCUCCGGGACCCCGAAAUCUCCGAAUUGUUCCUCAAGGAAGAUCCUGAAAAAAUUUUUGGGGAUUUGCAGGAGAUUGGACACGGAAGUUUUGGGGCUGUGUUCAGCGCUCGUGACCUUCGCUCCCAGGAGCUCGUGGCCAUCAAGAAAAUGUCCUACAGAGGCCGGGCCUCCAACGAGAAGUGGCAGGACAUCGUCAGGGAGGUGAAGGUGCUGCAGAGGAUCCGGCACCGCAACGCUGUGGGGUUCAGGGGGUGCUACCUGAGGGACAACACGGCCUGGCUGGCCAUGGAAUUCUGUGUGGGAUCAGCCCUGGACCUGCUGCAAGGGCAGCAGGAGCCGCUGCGGGAGGAGCAAAUCGGGGCCAUCAUUGAGGGGGCCCUGCAGGGGCUGAGCUACCUGCACGGCCUGGGGGUCAUCCACAGGGACAUCAAGGCCUCCAACAUCCUGCUGGGCUCCCCGGGUCAGGUCAAGCUCGGCGACUUCGGCUCGGCCGCCGUGGCCACCCCGGCCAAGAGCCUGGUGGGGACGCCAUAUUGGAUGGCCCCCGAGGUGAUCCUGGCCAUGGACGAGGGGCGCUACGACGGCAGAGCCGACGUCUGGUCCCUGGGGAUCACCUGCAUCGAGCUGGGUGAUGAUUGA